AUGUCGAAUUUUGAUCCAAAUGCGAUACUGCGAGGGGCCCAGUUGACGUUAGUUGGAGCUCAUAGAGCCCUUCAAAAUCCGGAGCUUUUCACGACCUCUCACUACCGGCAAGCUGCGAUUGCCGUAUGUGCUGGCCUUGCCAUACGUAUUGUAAUCAACAUCCCGAUCUACGCGGUCAAGUUUCUGCUCUUGAUCGUCUCGCUUGUCGUCAAUCUGGACCAGGAAACAUGGGACGAUAAACUAGUCGGCGGCUUGGAUUUCAUCUCCAAAUCCGUCCUUCAAAUUCCAUUCUUCCUGAUGAUGGUGAUGAGCUCGGUAACUCCGACAUUGGACAAUCUGUUCAUGGACUCCUUGCGAUGGGUUGACCAGACAUAUGUCCAGAAGCACAAAUCCGAAGACCCGUCAACCUUGCGAGCCAUGUACUAUCCUACUCUUAAAAUGUAUUCAACUCAUGGAGAACGAGAGAAGAAGGAGAAACGCGGCCUUGUGGACGGUGUCAUCCUCACAGCUGGGAAAUAUGCUCGACGAGCCGGGAUCUCGCUCGCCAUAUACGCCUGUACCUUCUUGCCUCUCGUUGGACCCUUUGUCCUCCCUGCGGCCUCGUUUUACACAUUCAACAAAGCGGUUGGCCCUGUUCCAGCGGGUAUCGUAUUCGCCACCGGCCUCAUUUUGCCGAAGCACUACAUGGUGUCGUUUUUACAAACCUAUUUUUCAAGCAGGAGCCUCAUGUCCCGCCUUCUUGAACCAUACUUCCACCGAAUUCGCUUCACGAAGCAGCAGAAGAAGGUUUGGUUCAUCGAUCGAAGUGGUGUGCUGUUUGGCUUCAGUGCUGCGUUCGCAGUCAUGGUGAAAGUGCCCCUGUUUGGCGUGCUUAUAUAUGGUAUUGCUGAGGCAAGCACGGCAUAUCUCAUCACAAAAAUCACCGAACCACCGCCGCCACCAGGAGAGAGCUCGGAGGCAUUUAUUGAAAGUGAGGUCCGAUGGAAGAAUAAGCACCAGUUUCUCGAUCUUCCAUUUGACAAGUUGGAUGAGUUCAAUGCAAGACUGACUGGAGCCGAGAAUAUUGGGAAGGCGCCACAUCUAGAAACACCGAGGAGAAAGUUCACAUGA